CCGGAACUCUCUUGCACUCUUCCGAUCUUCAUAACUUCAUUCUCUUCUUCAUCUUCUUUCAUUUUCUCGAUCAUUCUCUUCAAACCCUAUAAAUCUCAAUCUUCAACUCAUUCACUCCAUAAUUCAAAAUAUCAUUCAAUCCGUAAAAGACUUUCCGAAAAAUCUCUGUUCUUCUUACUUACACAGAACUCUCUGCUUUCUGAAAUUCAAGCUUUUCCGGCUAUGGCGGCGAAAACUGAAGGCAAAGCCAUUGGUAUCGACCUCGGCACCACCUACAGCUGCGUCGGCGUUUGGCUCAACGAUCGCGUUGAAAUUAUCCCAAAUGAUCAAGGUAACCGAACCACUCCUUCUUAUGUUGCUUUCACCGACACUGAGCGUUUGAUCGGCGAUGCGGCGAAGAAUCAAGUCGCUAUGAAUCCUCAGAAUACCGUCUUCGACGCUAAGCGGUUGAUCGGCCGACGACUCUCCGAUCCGUCUGUUCAGAGUGAUAUGAAGCUCUGGCCAUUCAAAGUGAUUGCCGGACCGGGAGACAAACCGAUGAUUGUUGUUAAUUACAAAGGUGAAGUGAAACAGUUUGCUCCGGAGGAGAUUUCGUCUAUGGUUUUGAUUAAGAUGAAGGAAAUCGCGGAAGCAUUUCUAGGGCAAACUAUCAAGAACGCUGUAAUUACGGUACCUGCUUAUUUCAACGAUUCACAAAGACAAGCGACGAAAGAUGCUGGUGCGAUUGCUGGACUCAACGUGAUGCGUAUCAUUAAUGAACCAACAGCGGCGGCGAUUGCGUAUGGUUUAGACAAAAAAGCUUCUCGUAGAGGCGAACAGAAUGUUCUGAUCUUCGACCUCGGCGGCGGAACUUUCGAUGUGUCACUUUUGACAAUAGAAGAGGGGAUUUUCGAGGUCAAAGCCACCGCCGGCGAUACACAUCUCGGCGGCGAAGAUUUCGAUAAUAGACUUGUGAAUCACUUUGUUACAGAGUUCAAGCGGAAGAACAAGAAGGAUAUAAGCGGGAAUGCUCGGGCAUUGAGAAGGUUGAGGACGGCGUGCGAGCGAGCGAAACGAGCGCUGUCCUCGACGACACAAACGACGAUUGAAGUCGAUUCGCUGUACGAAGGUAUCGAUUUCUAUGCGACGAUCACUAGGGCUAGAUUUGAGGAAUUGUGUAUGGAUAUGUUCAUGAAGUGUAUGGAGCCUGUGGAGAAAUGUAUUCGUGAUGCUAAAAUUGAUAAAAGCCAAGUUCAUGAGGUGGUUUUGGUUGGUGGGUCUACAAGAAUCCCCAAAGUUCAGCAGCUUCUACAAGAUUACUUCAAUGGAAAGGAGCUUUGCAAAAGUAUCAACCCAGACGAGGCUGUUGCUUAUGGUGCUGCUGUUCAGGCUGCAAUCCUAAGUGGGGAAGGAGACGAGAAAGUUCAAGAUCUGCUGCUACUCGAUGUCACGCCGUUGAGUCUCGGGCUAGAGACAGCCGGCGGUGUGAUGACCGUCCUAAUUCCAAGGAACACCACAAUCCCAACAAAGAAAGAACAAAUCUUCUCAACAUAUUCAGACAACCAACCAGGAGUUUUAAUCCAAGUAUACGAAGGAGAGCGAGCAAGAACCAAAGACAACAACUUACUCGGAAAAUUCGAGCUCACUGGCAUUCCUCCAGCACCAAGAGGCGUGCCACAAAUCAACGUGGUGUUCGACAUCGACGCCAAUGGCAUCCUAAACGUAUCGGCAGAGGACAAAACUGCAGGAGUAAAGAACAAGAUCACAAUCACGAAUGACAAGGGAAGAAUGAGCAAAGACGAGAUAGAGAGGCUGGUGAAAGAGGCAGAGAAGUACAAAGCAGAGGACGAGGAGGUGAAGAAGAAGGUUGAAGCUAAGAAUGCAUUGGAGAAUUAUGCAUAUAAUAUGAGGAAUACGGUGAGGGACGAGAAAUUUGCUGGGAAAUUGAAUCCAGAGGAUAAACAGAAGAUUGAGAGAUCUGUGGAGGAAACAAUUGAAUGGUUGGAUAGGAAUCAGUUGGCUGAGGUUGAUGAACUUGAAGAUAAGCUGAAGGAGCUUGAGGGUGUCUGUAAUCCCAUCAUUGCUAAGAUGUAUCAGGGCGGUGCUGGUGGUGGUGCUCCUAUGGGCGAUGAUAUGCCCGGUGGGGCCUCUGGGCAGUCCGGCGGGGCUGGGCCGAAGAUUGAGGAGGUCGACUGAGGACACUGAUUGGAGUUUGUGAAGUUUUUAUGUAGAAUGUGAUAUAACCCUUUGUUUUUUUUUUUUUCCUUCCUUUUUCCUUCUUAAAUUACGAGGAAUAGAAUGAUUUUUCUUUUUCUUUUGGGUGAAAAUUGUGAAGUUUGUAAUGUAUGUUUGAGAGACCUUGCAAUAAAAAUUUGAAUAUGCUUUUUCUCUAAA